UGGCUGAGCGAGGCCGGCGCGGCGCGGUGUGAGCGGUUCGGGCGGACCCCCAUGCGGGGCGCGCCGCCUCCGCGCCGCCCCGCCCGCUGACGCGGCCCGUCCCCAUGGAGUCCCCCCCCAACGGCGGCGGCCACUUGCUGGGCGGGACGGGCAGCCUCCUACCCGGCGGCGGGCGCGACCCCGGCUUCGGCGGCCUGCCCAGCCCCGACCUGCCCGGUUCGCACCACGGAGGCGGCCCGGCGGCGGCGCCCUCCCCCCCGCCGCCGCUGCCAGGCUUCGGCGCGGCGUGGUCGGUGCAGGCGGCCUCCCCCCCGCCGGCCGCCGCCGCCCUGGCCCCGCCGCCCAGCCCGGAGGCCUCGGACGGCGGCGGGGGCGGCUUCUACGCGCCCGGCGGCGGCGGCCUCCCGUCCUCGCUGGGCCCCGCGUUCCUGCAGAGCUUCUCGGCCGCCGCGGCCGCCGCGCCCCCCACCGCCGGGCCCUUCGGCGGCCCCUUCUCGCCCGCCCCGCCGAUGCCCCUCCCGCCGCCGCCGCCCCCGGCCAGCCGCCGCUCCCCGGCCAGCCCGCAGCAGCACCAGGCGGCGGUGGCGGCCGCGGCCGCGGCUUUCCUGCAGCAGAGGAACUCCUACAACCAUCACCAGCCUCUUCUGAAGCCAUCACCUUGGAGCAAUCUUCAGAGUGGUGGGUGGAGCCCAGGGAAUAUAUCCUGGGGAGGCAUACACGGCCGAGACCAUCGUAGAAAUGGAAAUAUGGGAAUACCGGGGACGGCGAACCAGGUCUCUCCCUUGAAGAAGCCAUUUUCUGGUAAUGUCAUCGCGCCCCCUAAGUUUUCUCGUUCUGCUUCAUCCUUGACUCCAAAACCAUGGACUGGGGAUAAUGUUUUCAGAACAGACAACAACAGUAACCCGCUUUUGCCCUUACAGGAUCGGAACAGAAUGUAUGACACAUUGAAUAUGCAUUCACUGGAAAAUUCCCUUAUUGACAUAAUGAGAGCUGAGCAUGAUCCUCUUAAAGGUCGUUUAAAUUACCCACAUCCAGGAACUGACAAUCUUCUAAUGUUAAAUGCAAGGAGUUAUGGACGAAGACGAGGUCGUUCUUCCCUCUUUCCCAUAGAUGAUGGCUUACUAGAUGAUGGUCAUAGCGACCAAGUUGGUGUAUUGAAUUCACCUGCCUGUUAUCCUGCUCAUCAAAAUGGGGAACGGAUAGAACGUUUCUCUCGGAAGGUGUUUGUUGGUGGUCUUCCUCCGGACAUCGAUGAGGACGAAAUAACUGCCAGCUUCCGAAGAUUUGGACCUCUGGUGGUUGACUGGCCUCACAAAGCAGAAAGCAAAUCCUACUUUCCACCUAAAGGUUAUGCAUUCCUCCUUUUCCAAGAGGAGAGCUCUGUCCAAGCCCUGAUUGAUGCUUGCCUUGAAGAAGAUGGAAAGCUUUAUUUGUGUGUUUCCAGCCCUACUAUCAAGGAUAAACCUGUUCAGAUCCGUCCCUGGAACUUAAGUGAUAGUGACUUUGUAAUGGAUGGUUCACAGCCUCUGGAUCCUCGAAAAACCAUUUUUGUUGGUGGUGUUCCCAGGCCGCUACGAGCUGUGGAAUUGGCUAUGAUAAUGGACCGUCUCUAUGGUGGAGUGUGUUACGCAGGAAUUGACACCGAUCCUGAACUAAAAUAUCCCAAAGGUGCUGGGCGAGUGGCUUUUUCCAAUCAACAGAGCUACAUUGCUGCCAUUAGUGCUCGGUUUGUUCAGCUUCAACAUGGUGAUAUUGAUAAACGAGUGGAGGUAAAGCCAUAUGUGUUGGAUGACCAGAUGUGUGAUGAAUGCCAGGGUGCACGAUGUGGUGGAAAGUUUGCUCCCUUUUUUUGUGCCAAUGUUACUUGCCUGCAGUAUUACUGUGAGUUUUGCUGGGCAAAUAUCCACUCUCGGGCGGGACGUGAAUUCCAUAAGCCAUUGGUUAAGGAGGGGGCGGACCGGCCACGGCAGAUCCACUUCCGCUGGAACUGAGGUGGGAGGGAGGGAGGGAGGCUUCCUCAGCUUGAAGAUACUGACAUGCAGAAGAAAUAAGUGCAUUCUUCUGCUUCUCACCCCAGCUCUCUUAGACAUGCAUCUUUUCAGCAGCCAAAAUACUACAAAGCCUCUUGUUUUUUCACCAAAACCCUACAUCUCAGGCUUACUAAUUUUUGUGAUAUUUUCAUGUUAAAAUAAUAAUAAUAAAAAGUUUUUUUGUAUUUUCUCCAACUUAUUUUUAUAUGUAGAAUUAAAACUAGAUGAGAGAAUGUUUUUUGCAUAGGGGCACACUGUCUGCUGCUAUAGUUAGUGGGUGAAGCGUGCACUUAUUUCUAAACAUGGGUUUUUAACUUCAAGAUCUGCCCCACUAAUUUACCAAAGGUAGCAAAAAUAGAGAAGAUGGAAUAUGUCUGCUACAAAAAGCUUAUUUUUUAUCGUCGUUGCUAUUUUCAGUGUAUACAUCACUUAAAAAAAAAUAGGGUUGGUUUUUUGCUCUCCAUUUUGACUUGCAAGAAAUAAUACCUCAAGAUAAUCUGAUUUAUUAGCUAUUUUUAAACAUUUAUAAUCACAAGCUGUAUUAGCUUUGCUGCUAUAUAGGUGUUGUAUGUAAUGCCACCUAUAAAUACGGGAUGGAAACAUUUUAAGAUAUUCUGCAUUACCCAUUAAAAUGCAGGCAGCACAAUAUGGCACAAACUGCCAUAGCUUUAGAAUGUGAAAAUUGCAUGUUUACUUACCUGUAUACAGCAUACGCAUGCACUAGAUUUAACAAGAGAUAAGUUAUUGCCAAUUUUUUAAAAUAAGGCUCUGAAAUCUAGAUAGCAUGAGCACACUGCAAAAUUUGUAACAAAGGAGACUUGCAUGCAUUAUUGUGACUCAAGUUUUUUUUUCCUAAAAAUGUCCUACAUGUAUACAAUAUGCAAAUUAGUUUUAGAUUAGAAAGUGCAGCCAUUUUGUGACCAGGUUGGUGGUGGAAUUCAAUUUUUACAGACUGGAUGUAAUGUUGUAAUUGGUGUGGUGUGUGGUUCUAAUUCCUGUGGAGUAAUAUAGCAUAGACACAAGUUUGAGUAAAACAUUAGAAUAUUUUAUUACUUAUUUCAGCCCCAUUGAUUGUUCAUGGUUAAAACUUCCUCUCCAAACCAAAGAUGGGGAAGCCCACUGCUAACCAGUCACCAAAUGGGAAAGUACUGAGAAAUGAGCACUAAAACAUGCUGAUACCAAGAAAAUGCUUUACUAAUAAAAAUCUAAAUAAAGUCAAAAUGGAGAUGGUAUAAUAUUUCUACAGCUAGUUGCAGAAGGUAAAUCUUGCCUUUAAGACAACAGUGAAAUCUGGCUUAAAUUGUCUGUGCUGGCUUGACCUCAGUACGCUUGACAGCAUAUUGAUCAAAAUGGCAUCCCUGUUGCACGAAAUCCAGUUUGUUGACUGACAGUCAAGCAUAGAUUUUAAUCCGGAUGAAGCAGUUUCAAGUAACGGCAUUGCUUUGGGUGGUGUAAAUCAAGCAAACAAAACAUUUUCUCGAUCCUAAGUGCAGGAAUUUCACUAGCAGUGUUUCUGUCCAUCUCGGAACAUGUCAGUCUGUUCCAGUGGAAGAGCUACUCUCCGGUUUAAGCACCCAGUACAAGCAAGGCCAGAAUUGCAGCCCUUUCCGCAGAGAGACGUUAACCAGGGUUGUGCUGUUGCCAAACCCUCGGGGACAAUCCUUUAUCCUUUACGGAAGCGUAGUUUGCUCUUCAGUUGGUUGCUUAGUGAGCUGCUUGUACUGCUCAGUGUAUGUUUUGUUGUGAUUGUGGUUCAGGUUUUUAAAGUUUUAAAGUUGAUGCUGUUUUAAAAAAAGCUUUUUAACUGAUUUAUUUAUCAAUGUAUUCUAUUUGUUACUUAACCAUGAUCCUCCAGACUUUUUGGAGUAUUCUUUUCUAACCUUAAGCCCUGCUAAACCUUGAUCCAUUUUUGACAUUUGUUAUGCACUAUUUUUAUAUCUCUGUAAGAGAUUUUUUUCCAACUAGUCAGCUAUUUUGAGGCACAGUUUUUUUGACUGAUGACAUCUCCUUUGCUAUACCUCAAUUUUUGGAAUUAAAAAGAAAAAUCAGUAGUUUUGCAAUGUUAAUUAUUUAAAUAUAAUUUAAUUCUGCAGAUGUUUUUAACUUUAUUUUCGUAUUUCUUGCUUGAAGUUUAAAAUUGAAGCGCCUUUAUAUGUUUUAAAUAAUGAAAUUAAUACCGAAAAAUAGUACACAAUUGAAAUAAUUGGAGAUGUUGAAAAAGCCUUUUUUUCCCCUUCUCCCCUACAAUAAAGCUGUCAAAAAGGUGGUGUUACCCGUUAUUUGAGAUGGGUAAACUAAUCAAAAUAUCAAGCUAUGCUUGUCACUUCAUUUCUGGAGCUAUUAACGCUAAUAGCUACUUUAACUUACAUCUCCUUUUUCUUUUUUUGGUCCUUAAUCCAUGAAUUUGGGGUGUAAUCCAGUGGAAGGAUCCCCUGCAUUGACACCUUUUGAAACAAAGCAGUUGAUCCAUCAGCCUCCCUUCCUCUGUUAGAGGAGAGGUGGGACAUUCGGAUGUUGUACGUAACUCCUGCUGCUUAAUAGAGGGGCUUUCUGCUGGAUUGGACCCCUGUUUUCUCCAGUGUUCAACACUGUGUUGCUUUCGUUUUAUAAAUCAUAUUUAUUUUACUAUUUUUGUAGAAGAUCGUUAAUUUUAUUGUAUUUUUGUAUUUUUAAAGCUUCUUUACUUUUGUUAUCCCAGAUGUGCAUAUUGCUGUUCAAAUGUAUGACUGUGGAAGGAAAAAAAAUACUUUAAAAAGUCUACACUUUUUGUUAAGAAGGAAACAUUUAGCAGUUAUAUAUUUGUGUAUGGAAAACACUUGAUCCUUAAUUCCCUGUUUGCAUCUGGCUGCCCAAGGCCUCUCCUCAAAGAUGCUACAAAACUUGAAUUAUAACACAUUUUGGAAGGCUGACUAACCUCGAUUCUGUGUUGUGAUGUGCAAUACUGUUUCUAAUGUUUGUAUAAAAAGAAUA